AUGUCUCCACCAGUCGCCAUGUUCGAAGAGCGUCGCAGCUCUGAAGUUGACAGUGCUCCAUUGAAGUCGAGCUUUGAUGUCAAAUCCUUCCCAGUCCGUUCCAGCAAGUCCAAGACUCUUGAUGAGCUGGCCGAUCAAUGGGAGAAUGGCUUUACUUUUGCUCCUAUCCGCGAGUCUCAAGUCUCUCGUGCUAUGACCCGUCGUUACUUCAACGAUCUGGACAACUAUGCCGAGUCAGACAUUGUCAUUGUCGGAGCUGGAUCUUGUGGUCUCAGCACUGCUUACAUGCUCGGCAAGGCUCGGCCUGACCUGAAGAUUGCCAUCAUUGAGGCAUCUGUCUCACCAGGUGGUGGUGCUUGGCUCGGUGGCCAGCUUUUCAGUGCUAUGGUCAUGCGGAAACCUGCCGAUGCAUUUCUCACUGAUCUGGGUGUUCCAUUCGAUGAUGAAGGAGACUUUGUAGUAGUGAAGCAUGCAGCACUCUUCACCUCCACCCUUCUGUCCAAAGUUCUCUCGUUCCCGAACAUCAAGCUCUUUAACGCCACAGCCGUCGAGGAUCUUAUCACUCGCCAAAACUCAGACGGGACUCUACGUAUUGCUGGUGUUGUUACCAACUGGACACUGGUGACCAUGCACCACGAUGACCAAUCCUGCAUGGACCCAAAUACCAUCAACGCACCUAUCGUUGUCUCGACCACUGGUCACGAUGGUCCCUUCGGUGCCUUCUGCGUCAAGCGUCUUGUAUCUAUGCAACAGAUUGAGAAGCUGGGUGGCAUGAGAGGUCUUGACAUGAACACCGCCGAGGACGCUAUCGUUAAGCGAACUCGUGAAGUGGUCCCUGGACUUGUUGUUGGUGGUAUGGAGUUGAGUGAGGUCGACGGUGCCAACCGAAUGGGUCCUACAUUUGGCGCCAUGGCACUUUCUGGAGUCAAGGCUGCCGAGGAAGUCUUGAAGGUAUUCGAUGAGAGAAAGAAACAGAACGCCUACUAG